UCAGCUGUUGUUGUUACACUGGAAGAAGAUGGCUGCUGCUCCGACUUUUUUUCAAUGAAGACACUGAAAUUUCCUUUACAUUUCUUUCUUGCGUUGGAGUUACAGUCAUCCGCUAUGCAACCUAAUAGGGUGUGAAUGAUUUCAUUAGGAAGGUGACAGUGUGGGGCUGAAAGGACAGCAUCGUCUACCGACACUCGCCUUGCAACUGGCGGUGGACCACAAUGCAACAAGUUUUAGAAUAUGCAUUGGAUCGAGCCGAGUACAUUGUUGAAAGUGCUCGACAACGACCUGCCAAAAGAAGAAUUGUGUCUGGUGGCAGAAAAAGUUUGUAUCAGAAACUCUAUGAGCUGUACCUGGAGGAGUGUGAAAAAGAGCCUGAGUUAAAGAAUUUGAGAAGAAAUGUGAAUCUACUGGAGAAGUUGGUGUCCCAGGAGUCUGUACCCUGCCUGGUGGUCAACCUGUAUCCGGGCAAUGAAGGCUACUCCCUCAUGCUCCGCGGCAAGAAUGGAUCUGACUCCGAGACGAUCCGGCUGCCGUAUGAAGAGGCGGAGCUGCUGGAGUACCUGGACUCCGAGGAGCUGCCCCCCAUCCUGGUCGACCUGCUGGAGAAGUCCCAGGUGAACAUCUUCCACUGUGGCUGUGUGAUCGUCGAGGUGAGGGACUACAGACAGUCUGGCAGUGCCAAGAUGCCCUCCUACCAGAGCAGACACAUCCUGCUCAGACCCACUAUGCAGACUCUGAUCUGUGAUGUCCAUGCCAUGACCAGUGACCACCACAAAUGGACACAGGACGAUAAGCUCCAGCUGGAGAGCCAGCUGCUCCUGGCCACGGCGGAGCCCCUGUGCCUGGACCCGUCCAUCUCCGUCACCUGCACCGCCAACCGGCUGCUGUACAACAAGCAGAAGAUGAACACGCGCUCCAUGAAACGGUGUUUCAAGAGGCACUCGCGCGCGUCGCUCAACAGACAGCAGGAACUGUCUCACCUGCCGACCCCGCCCCAGCUGCGUCUCUAUGACUACCUGCAGCGGCGGAAGGAGAGGCGCCCGGCCCCUGCCAUCGACCUCAAGAUCUCCAAGACUGGAAACUGUGUGGACAUGUGGAAACAGAACAGCUGCCAGCUAACUGUACCCAGGGAAAUAGAUGUGGAGAAGUACGCUGUGGUGGAGAGGUCCCUGCAGCUGGAGGACCCCCAGCCUGUGGUCAUCUGGCCCGCCGAGGAGGUGAUGGACGACUACACGUUUGAAUGUGAGGUGGGGGGCCAGGCCCAGAGGACCACGGUCUCCAUCUUCCAGUCGAUGGGAGACCCGCUGGUCUACGGCAAGAUCUACUGUGCCAAAGAACCAAAGACCGAGGACGACUCCUCGGACCUUAAGCUCAUCCACCCACCUUUCCUCAUAGGCUCAAAGAUUGAUGCAGACCGCUUCCUCACGCAGUACAAAGGAGUGUACGAGAAAGAUGUCAAGUGUGCGGUGAAGAUGUCCCAUAGCUCGGUCAGCUUGGCCCCUCCCUCUCCCAGCAAGGACACAGAGGGAGACGGCCUGUCUGCCAUGGUCCAGACGUCGGUCCUGGGUAAAGGGGUGAAGCAUCGGCCCCCUCCGAUCAAACUACCGUCAGGAACCAGCAGCAGCACCUCAGGUAACCUCUACAGCCCCCAGGCCACGAGCGGCCUCCUCAAGUGCCCCACGCCGCCUCCGGUCAAGAACCAGUCUCUCACCAGGAAGCACUCCCUGGAGCUGGGUCAGAUGGGCCUGCUGUCCCCCGCCGCCCUCUCCCCCAUGACCUCCACCCAGAGGUCGGGCACCCCCUCCAAGCCCUCCACCCCCACCAACACCCCCUGCUCCACGCCCCACCCGCUGGACGCCCUGCUGUGCUCCCCCCUCUCCCUGGCCCCGGCGGGCCCGGACCACCCCCAGGGCCUGCUGCCCACCCAGGGCCCGGCCGCCCUGCUGGCCCCCUACGCCCAGCAGCAGCAGCAGCAGCAGCAGCAGCAGCAGCUGGCCCUGAGCCAGUCGCUGCCCGUCAUGACCAUCCCCCUGCCCUCCAUCGCCACGGGGACCACCACCCCCCCCGUCAUGGCGGGCCCGGCCGGCCUCAACUUCAUCAACGUGGUGGGCUCCGUCUGCAGUCCACAGACACUAAUGACCGGCUCCAACCCCAUGCUGGGCCCCAGCCUUAACCUGAGCGGGCUCCUGCCGGCGGGGGGCCUGAUGCCCGCCAUGCAGUCCACCCAGACCGGGAGUCCCUUUGGUCUGAACAGCAACACUGGGUUAGGACCUCUCAACCUGCUGCAGAUUCCUACGGGUCCUCUGAUCUUUAACUCACUGCAGCAGCAGCAGCUGUCCCAGUUCUCUCCCCAGCAGAGCCAGUCGGCCACUUCCAGUCCCCAGCAGCAGGGGGAGCUGGGUGAACAGGAGCAGAGUUUGGCCAACCAACAAACGGCCGUUCUCAACCUUGGAGUAGGGGGCUUCAUGUCUCCACAGGGUGCAGUGCUGUCCCAGCUGGGCUGUGGGCGUGACAGGUCUAGUUCCCUGCUGGCUCCGCCCAGGCUUCAGCAGCAGCUCCAGCCUCACAUCCAAUUGCAAUUCUUGCGGCACCAAAUGCAGCAGCGAACGGCUUCGGCGGUGGCGGCGGCGGCCCGCAGGGAGGAGCCGGCGCCGCCGGCGCCGCCGCAUACCGCCAACCUGCCAAGAAGUAAGAGGAAGAGGAGCACGCCGCAAGCCAUGCCCAAGUGAUGAUGAUGCAAUCCCCUCCCCCUCCCGCCCUAUCCCUAUCCCCACCCCCAGCCCUGACAUCAUGAGGACGGACUGAUCCAAACCGCGGACCAACAGCCUCGCCGUGGAGACUGGAAGGCGGGGCAGAAAAAAAUGCGUUUUGCUAAAUUUGUAUGAAUUUAUUUCUUUUUUUUUAUUUUGUAGCUAUUGAAAAAAAAAAAGGAUUAUGUUUGGGUGAGACGGUCGUCGCACGGUGUUAAGGAACCCUUCCCCCCCGUGGUCAUGGAGGACGCUAAGGAUUUAGCUCUUGUUAUGACCGCGAGCGGAGGCACUUUGGGGGGCGGGGGGGGGGGGGGGGGGGGGGGGGGGGUUGAGCUUCAGCUUCCCUUACAGAAGUGGCUCGACAGACCGGGGUGUCAAGCGUGCGUUUUUUCAGGGGGAUCCCGUCCUUCCUCAGUGUGUACCCCGCCCUCCCAUCUCAGCUGCCCCCCCCCCCCCCCCCCCCCCAGGGCAGGAAACGCCCCGAAGCACAGCCCCGCCACGGCCUCGACGGGCUCAACCAACAAUAAAGAAAAACAAAAGCCGCCGAGACUCCGCUGCCAAAACGCACGGUUGAGCGAUCGCUCCUUCUGAUUGGUUCAAAGUGUGGCGCGCGUGUCCCGCUCAUGUAAUUGAAACGGCGCCGCUUUGAGCCAAUCCGAAACAGCCACUGGGAUGACGUGUGCUUCAGCCCCUCUGGCAGUGGCCCCUGUGGGAUCGACUUGGAACCAGUCUUUCCCAUCCUAGUGGUGGUGGUGGUGGGUCGAGGGGGGGGGGGGUCCCCUUUUACCUCUGUAGGUCUACUCUGAGCGCGCCUGGCACGGGGCUCUGGCGGGGACUGGGAUCCCAACAUGCAACACGGUGUCCCUGCUUUUUGUACAGCACAUCCUGACGCCUUUCCUUUUAAACUAGCUCCAGAGCCAAGAGUGUAUUCUUACGAGAACGUGCGUGUGUGUGUGUGUGAGAGAGAGAGAGAGAGAGUGAGUGUGUGUGUUUGUGCGUGUCUGUGAGCGAGAGAGAUAUUUCUGAACACUGAGGAAUAAUUUUUUUAAACAGUCUUUGUCAGCAGUUUUAUUGUUAUGGAGAAAAAAAUGAAUAUAUAUUGACAGUUGAAAAAUACAAGUUUUAGAUACAAAAAAAAA